GGGAGGCUCUGACACUUCGGUACCUGCGGAAAGAACUGGACGGAUGUGUCACUGAGAGAGCUCGAAAAUGUCAUCUAGCAGCUGGCUGUAUGUCCUCCUCAUGCUCCUGUUUGGUCAAGCAUUUUUCCCACUACUUUCCUCAGCAUCCCCUGGACAUGUGCCAUAAAUCUGAGAAGGGAUUUAGUCCUUCUUCAGGCCACUUAAAUCAGUUUGCUCUAUUUUCUCUGUGAUGGAGAUGCAAACAGAUUUUGAAACCAUUAUGAAGAUCAACAGUGUUGGAGAAAUAAUGCAGUGCUCCGCAGCCAUGGAUAUACUCUUUGUUAUGGAUAGCUCCUACAGUGUUGGGAUAGGAGGAUUUGAACGAUCAAGGCACUACAUUUUAAAGCUUUGUGAGGGUCUGGACAUCAGCCCAGGCAAGGUGAGAGUUGGUCUAGUUCAGUUUGGAUCCGUGCCCAAACUGGAGAUCAGUCUAGACUUCUAUAAGAGCAAGGAGGAGCUGAUGAAACGGAUGAAGAAAAUCCACUAUCGAGGUGGCAGCACACAGACAGGUCUGGCUCUAAAGUUUGUUCUGAGGAAGGGGUUUUCCAGCAGACGUAAUUCCACAUCGCCACGCGUAGUCAUCCUUUUAUCUGACGGAAAGUCCCAGGGGGCUGUGCAGCUGGCUGCCUCAGAACUCAAGCUGUCUGGAGUGACUCUCUUUGCCGUGGGGAUCCGUUACCCAAGGUGGGAAGAGCUUCGCAGUAUGGCGAGCAGCCCUUCGGAGACACACGUGUUCUUUGCAGAGCAUUUCAGUGAUGCUGUGAAUGGGUUAUUCACUACCCUCACCACCUCAUCAGCCUGCACUGCUGUUCCUUUAGGCUGUAAGGUAGAGUCUUACCCGUGUGUGCAGAAAACCCUGGAAACGGUCAAAGAGCUUCAGGGAAACUUUAUGUGCUGGAAAGGGUCCAAGGGAUAUUCACCAUACACUUCCCUCUGUCCUUAUUACAGAUAUAACAAGGUUUACAAGCAACACCCCAUUGUCUGUCACAGAACUAUAUGUCCUGAACCAUGUGAUUCUCAGCCCUGUCAGAAUGGGGGAAUGUGUGUUUCUGAGGGACUGGAGGAAUACCGCUGUGAGUGUCCCCCGGGCUAUGGCAGUGACCCUAAUUGUGCUCCCUUGCUGAGUUUCGACUGCUCGUUGGAUGUGCUCUUUCUGGUAGAGGGCUCCACUGCACUCACUCUAGAGGGGUUCUUACGCUUUAAGUCCUUCCUGAAACGCUUUAUGCAAGCUGUGCUGAGCUCUGACACACCUGUGAAGAUGGGGCUGGCCCAGUAUGGCAAUGACGUGAAGAUCGAGGCCAAGAUCGGGCAGCAUAGAGACCCAGUGAAGCUAAUUCAGGCUGUUGAGGGUCUGCAGUACCGUGGUGGGCUGGCUAAGGCUGGCAGCGCUCUUCGCUACAUCACACGGCACGGCUUCCAGAGUGCACCCAUCUUUGCUGAUGUUCAGGACGAUCUGCCACGAGUUGUAGUACUGCUUAUGGGGACACUGUCGGCAGACCCUGUGGAGGAAGCUGCAAAGUAUGCACGUGACAGGGAGAUCUUCAUCAUUGGUAUAGCACCAGAUGGGAUGAGAGCGGAAAUAAACAACAUCACUGGAAAUCCCCAGCGUACCAUCACGUACCAAUCACCAGAUAGAUUGAGUGCUAAGAUCCCAGAGCUCAAAGCCAAAAUUUGCAGUGUGGACAACCAUGGCUGUCUGGGUCAAGCUCUGGACCUUGUCUUUGUUCUGGAUGCCUCCGGUGGUGUGGGCAAGGACAAUUUUGUCCACCUUCAAGACUUUGUUCGCAGCACCUCAGUGCAGUUCGACAUCAAUCGAGACGUGGCUCAGGUGGGGCUCGUGGUUUAUGGGGGGCGGCCCAUCACGGUCUUCGACCUGGACAAAUAUGAAUCGGGCUCUGCAGUGCUGAAGGCAGUUGGAGAUGCAUCUUAUCUGGGUGGGAAAGCCUCCACUGGUUCAGCGCUGCUCCAUGUCCACUCCCAAAGCCUGACUGUUGGUAAAGGGGCACGGCCUGGGGUCAACAAGGCCGUAGUGUUGCUGACCGAUGGAACGGGGGCUGAGGAUGCAGUGGUGCCUGCCCAAAAGAUCCGUGAUAGCGGAGUGUCAGUGUUUGUGAUUGGUGUUGGGGACAUGCAGCAAGAUGUUCUCUUCCGCAUCGCCGGUUCUGAGGAUCACAUGAUCAUUGUACCUUCCUACGAUGACCUGAAAUAUUCUGAGGAUGUGCUGGUAGAGAUGGUGUGUGCAGACGUGAAGAAACCUGUUAACCUGUGCAGUCCCAACCCCUGUAUGAAUGAUGGCGUGUGUGUACUGUUGAAGGGUAGCUACCGUUGUGAAUGUCGUAGCUGGAAGGGCCCACACUGCGAAACACGAAGCAGAGAGCAGCCGUCCAGAGGAGAUCUACCCAAACCUGCAGGCCUGAGACGCCGGCAGCACAUGAGAGAGAAAGAGCUGCUGCAACGCUACCGAGAGCUCCGCAGGAGACAUACUUCCUGAAUACAACACCGAUAGAGAGAUAGACACAUACAGUAUAUGCACAAAUUCCAGCACAUUUACUGUACAUUAUAGAGCCAUAGCUCAGUGACACAAAUUAGGUCAUUCAACAUUGCUCUUUAUAUAGGAGAAAAUGGCAAAAAUAAGCCCAUUUAUUCUCCAGUCAGGAAGGAGAAAUCAACCACUUUCCCAAGUGCUCUUCUUAAGGACAUGCUGAUCAAUGGCGAACAUACCAGACGACACUCCAAACAGGCUAUAUGUAGCUGUUUUUAUAAAUGCCUUCAGUGCCUUAAAUUAUUUUUCAUAUCAGUAGUCCAUAUUGAAGGGUUGUGAUGGUUUCUGUAUUAUAAGACCCAGAAAUUUUGAAGGUUUGUUGUGUUCAAUGGAGCAUUAUGGAAGCAUUUUCUGUCUGCUUUGAUCUGUUAUGGUGAGAAUACCUUGUGUUACAGGAAGCCUUUAUUGGAGGCUCAUAUUUUUGAGCGUAAUAUUUUUUUUGUAUCCACAUC